UAGGGAGUGGAACAUAUGGCGUACAAAGUUGAUCAGGAAUAUGAUUAUCUCUUCAAGAUCGUGUUGAUCGGGGAUUCGGGUGUUGGAAAAUCAAACAUUCUUUCCAGGUUUACGCGAAACGAGUUCUGCUUGGAGUCUAAGUCCACAAUUGGUGUUGAAUUUGCAACCAGGACAUUACAGGUAGAGGGUAAGACGGUAAAGGCCCAAAUAUGGGACACAGCAGGUCAAGAGAGAUACCGAGCCAUCACCAGUGCUUACUACAGAGGUGCCGUUGGAGCACUGUUGGUGUACGACAUAACCAAGAGACAAACCUUCGACAAUGUGAAGAGGUGGCUCCGUGAACUGAGGGACCAUGCAGACUCCAACAUCGUCAUCAUGUUGGCUGGGAACAAGGCUGAUCUGAAUCAUCUCAGAGCUCUCCCGGCAGAAGAUGCUCAAAUCUUGGCUGAGAAGGAAGGUCUCUCUUUCCUUGAGACUUCGGCACUGGAGGCGAUUAAUAUCGACAAGGCAUUCCAGGCCAUUUUGUUGGAUAUUUACCACAUAAUAAGCAGGAAGGCACUAGCAGCCCAGGAAGCUGCUUCCUCCACUGCCCUUCCUCACGGCACUACCAUUAACGUCUCCAAUCUGUCAGGUAUUAGGAACAAAGCAACUUGUUGCACUACAAAUUAA